AUGUCCCUUCCGACUCUGAGUGUUUCUGAUAUACUCAAGGAGGGUGACUAUAAUUCGUACCCUUUGCAUUUCUACAUCGCUAUUGGUAAUCUUGGAACGCUUCAAUUCUUGCUCAACAAAGCAUCUCUUAACACUAUCAACGAAUCUGAUGAUAAAUGGGGAGCGCCAUUACAUAUAGCAGUAUAUCUCGGUAACGAGGGGGCUGUCGAUAUGCUGCUGAAGGCUGGUGCUGGCCCCGUUCGAAGGCCCAAUUUCGUCUUCGAAGGAUACAAUGCCACGCCUAUAGGGGUAGCUGCCCGUUUAGGUAAUAUGGCUCUCCUGCUGAAGCUCUGGCAACAUGUCGGCUUUGGAAUAUCAGAGCUCGGUAGCUGUUUGAUCGAAGCAGCAGUGUAUGGCCAACCCUCUACAAUUGGAGCCCUGCUGGAUUUGGGCCGUGAGAACUGGCCUACGGAGUCAAAAGUUCGUGCUUUGAACAGAGCGGCCGAGAACUGGAAGGCUGAGAAUAUUCGGGUUCUUCUGUCUCGAUGCGUCUUCGAUAAGGGCAUGCUCGACUCUGCCUUGGCUCAAGUGCCACCCAAGGUUUGGCUCAUUAAAGAUCAAACAGAAUCUGAUCUCUCUGCGCAGUCACAGUCAAUAAAACUGUUAAUGACAGCUGGAGCUGAUCCUAGUACUCUUUUGCACUAUUCUUCUCAACCGCUUCUUGCUCACACUGCUAUUCACAGACAGCUCCAUGGCUGCCUGGAAGCGUUGCUCAACAACGGUGCGGACCCGAACGCAUCCGUGAAUACCCAGGGGCAAACUGCAUCGCAUUACCUAGCAGUUAAAGGGCGAGGGCCGACAAAGGAUUGUCGAAAUGGGGUCUUAUCGUCGCCAGGAGAGCCUAGUGAGGCUACUUUUAGAAUGUUCUUCCGUUUCCAGGCUUCAAUUCUUCGGCAAGAUGUAUUUGGAAACACUCCUCUGCAUUUUGCAGCAUCUACAUCUGACCUGGAAACCUUGCAGCUUAUGCUCUCAAGCUUGCCUACCGAGUCGGAAAGAAAGGCUGCUUUAAUGUUACGGAAUCACCAAGGUGAGUCGUUGCUCCAUUUUGCAUCCAGUGGUGCUCAAAUCGACGUUGUUGAAUAUCUGUUAUCUGACGAGGUUGGUCUUCCUGUUGACGAAACCACCUCGAGGGGAUGGACCCCGUUUCUGAGCGCUCUAGCGCCUGUAUCGACAAACGCAAGGUCUGGUAAGAUAAAAACAGCUCAGCUGCUUCUCGAUCACGGCGCUGAUCCAGCUGUGGUCACACACGAUGGCUGGACGGCAUUGCAUUGCCUUGCCAUGAAGUAUGACGCCCAUGAAACCGGUGAGUUGGCACAUUUUGUCGAUACGCUUGUGUCGGGUGGCAUGCCUGUCAAUAGUCGAGCGCGAUUCGCUUUCGAUGAUCACGAUGUACCAUUCAAGCACGAUGCCAGACAAGGCAUCCCAUAUGGCUGUUUAGAGUUACGCUAUCUCGAAGACCCUAAGCUAUGGGGUAGAGUCGUCCAGUCUGGUUUCACACCAUUGCAUGUUGCAGCCCGUUCUGGGGCGAUUAGUGCUGCAAGAGCUUUGCUCAAGCAUGGAGCUGAUCCUACAACUGAGAAUUCAGAAGGGAAGUCCCCGGCUAGGUUGGCAGGUGAUUCGAAAUGCUACCGCUUUGUCUAUCCAGAUGAUACUCAAGACAUAAUGAUUUCACUACUUCUAGAAGCAGGUGGGUCAUAUUAA